GCGUUAGUCUCGGUCGGUCAAACCACCCGUGCGGUACUGUCGUAUAAAAUAGUCGUGCGGUUUCGUCGCAUUCAACGCAAGCACGUGGAUACCUGCCUGCGUACGUGAGCCGGACAUGCAGGGACCGCCGGAACUCGUGGAAGCAAAGUCCAUUCCGGUGCAUUGCAUAGUAGAAUCGAUUAACCAUGUUUAUCAAUGGAGCCAAAAGUAUUCGCCAUCGCUUCACCGCUCUAAAGGUCACGUGGAGUUGGAUAGAUUUGUCAUCAUCCCGAAUAACACUGCGUUCAGAGACUUAACUGAAGCUGCGUUGGUACGUUUGGGCUACUCGAAGGACACGGCGGCUGCAUCGAAGGGCCUUGUAGUGUUAAAAAAUUGGUUGCCAUUAGAUCUGGAUACGAUUGCUGAGGACCCGGUGUUGACAGUGAACGAUGUGCUCGGAGAACUCACGACAUUAGCUACUCUCAGAAUACUCGUGUUCAGGGAAGCCAAGAACCGUUUUUCCGAUUUAAAAGAUAAACUGUUAAAACUGCUGUUGGUGCAGAGUCAAACGCAGCUGACCGCAGCAGGAUGUCCAUUGGACGAGGCGAUAAUAUUACAGAUGAUGAAGGUCGGGCAAGCUUGUCCGGACCUGCCGGAAGAUUUGUACAAAAAAUUUGAACAGUGGUGGAUCAUGCAGUCCUCGGCAGUGGUUCCGAAAAUACCACCAUCCGUGCUGCCGCAAUCAGUAAGAGACAUGUUUUAUCGCAAUGGAUCGUCGCCAAGGCACACCAACCUUCAGGACAACCCCGCAAAUUGUAUUGUUCCUAAAGCAGACCACUCCAAGACACACAGUCUCCAGUCUGUUUCUCAAAAUCAAUUCCAAGGUCAGAAAACCCGUAUGCGUACCAGCUUCGAUACAGAACUCGAACUUCCGAAAUUGCAAGCGUGGUUUGCGGAAAAUCCUCAUCCGAGUAGACAACAAAUACACCAUUACGUGAGCGAAUUGAACAAUCUCGAAUCGCGAAAAGGCCGUAAGCCGUUAGACGUCAAUAAUGUUGUGUAUUGGUUUAAAAAUGCCAGAGCAGCACAAAAACGGGCUGAAGUACGUGGGGCAAAUUCAGGCGUCGCGGACACGAAUUCGGGCAACGGCGACGGGAACGUGAACGGCUACUGCAAGAGCAGCAGUCCUAGCGAGCACGGCGGCAAAUCGUACAGCGGACAGGGGUCGGUGAGCGGAGCGGAAGACGACGACGACGACGACGAGGAGGAGUUCGAGGACAACCGGGACGACGACGACGACGACGAAGACGCGAAACCGCCGAUGAGCCCGCCCGCGGAACAGCCGAUAUCGUUGACCACGCACGGCCGGUUUAGCAACGGCGACGGGGAAUCGCCCAGACCGCAAUCGCGCGGCUCGCAACAGAGCCCGGAGCACAAGGUGAUGGUGAUCAAGCAAGAACCGCCGGACAAGGAGAAGAUGAACGUGACCACGGGCCUGAACAACAACGACUACGAGGACGAGGAGGAUUUCGACGAGGACAUGGACGACGAAGCGUCCGAAGGCGUCGGAGUCGACGAGAACGGUUGCAAACGGCUACUAUUGCAACAGUCCGUCGCGUCGUCCACUGCGUGUAGCCCGGACGAUGCGAGCGCUGGAGGACACCACCGCGCGACACCGCCGGCGCACCCGCCGCCGCCGCCGCCGCCGCCAUUGUUCCAUCGGUCAGCGGCCGCAGCCGCGGCAGCCGCGGCCGCGGCCGCCGACCUGCACCAGCCGCUCGUCCGGCCCGGGUUCCCGAUGGUGCCAAACUCGAUGUUCAGCCACAGCUUCAUGUACAUGAGCCAAUGCUUGCCCGGCUUCAACAUGGGCCGCCGACCGCAGACCGGCACUCCUCCGCCGCCUCCGCAAUCGCAACAGCCGCAGGUGUCGUCCGGAGCAGCGACGGCCGCGGGCCUGAACCUGUCGGCGCUGGCCGAGGAGCGCCGGAAACGGAACCGGACGUUCAUCGACCCGGUGAGCGAGGUGCCGCGGCUCGAGCAGUGGUUCGAGCACAACACGCACCCGUCGCACAGCCUGAUCGCCAAGUACACGGACGAGCUGAACCGGAUGCCGUACCGGCAGAAGUUCCCGCGGCUCGAGUCCAAGAACGUGCAGUUCUGGUUCAAGAACCGCCGGGCCAAGUGCAAGCGGCUCAAGAUGUCCCUGUACGACGCCAUGUCGCCCAAGGACCAGUUCUCCAUGCCCACGUACCUCAACCACGAUUGAAGCCGUCGACCGUCUCUUCCACUCCCGUCCUAUCCCUUACGCACGUCCCUCCCCUCUCCGCCCGGACCGGCAGACUUGAAUGAUGUGCAACGAGAAUGUAUACUAAUAACAACAACGAUAACAUCAUCAGUUGGUCGGUGUUGUUUUUGCGCGAUUCAAGAUAAUACUGAAGUAAUAAUGAACGAGUUGAAAUAAUAAUAACAUCGAUAUCGUACCCUUUCCCAAUGAUUCGGGCCCGUCGACGCGACGGUAACGCAAAACGAAAAAAAGUAACGUACGGGUGAAAUCAUAAAGAUGGGAUGCUCUUCGUCACCGCACCACCGAUUUUCGUCGUGGACGCACGCGUCUCGAUCGCCACGCGUUUUACCCUCCUCGACCUUUCUCGCAUAUCGUAUUUAUUUCUUUAGUCGAACUAGUCAAAAAAAAAAAAAAAAAAGAAAAGAAAAAAAAAACUAUUAGAAAUUAUGAUUUAUUUACCUAACUUUUUUUUUAUCUUAUUUUGCCCCGUUCAAACGUUCGUUGUGUUAUCGUUUACACGUAAUAUGUCUCUCGAGCAAGACAGUUUAAACGAGGACAAAUUAAAAUAACAAUCAGUGUCGCGAGGACGUAUAAUAAUAUUAUCGUACGAACAAAUGUUCUGACCGUUGUUCGUGUACAACCGUCAGUCCCUCUGAAAAGCGCAAUAGGUGAGUUGAUUCCCGAGACCUUUCUCAUGUAUAAGUUGAUUCCCUGGUCAUUAAGAGGUACGUACGAGUUGAUUCCCAGAUCAUUAUAUAUUUUAUUUAAUAUUUAGUAAAAUAUUCAGCCUAUUAGCAUAACCCAAGAAACAACACGAGGAGGUUGGCUGACAAGUUUCUCAAAAAUGUUGUUUUUUUUAGUUUUUUCAUAUUUUGAAAAUCGUUUAAUUUUUAUUUAUUAAUUAUUUAUUGAAU